AUCGGCGUCAAAUUGGCUGGCUCCUGUCCGUUGACACCAUGCAGCGCUUCGCCCUUACGUCCCGCGGUGUGCUUCGAUCGGCGACCACCGCCGUCUCAUCGUUCCGCGCCCCGUCAUCCGUGAGAUCGAUGAGCAUGGACACCAUCUUCCGUGCUUCUACCUGUAACACGAUGCCUAUCCAAGCGAGCUUCGGGUCGUCGUCCAUUGUGCCAAUGUAUACGCCCAUGUCGUCGGUCGUCCCUGCGCCCUUGGAAUGCCCCGAGUUCAACGACAGCAUGGCCCCCAUCAUGGCGAUCAAGCGAACAUAUCAACCCAGCGUGUUGCGGCGAAAGCGAAAGUUCGGUUUCCGCGUGCGCAAGACGACCGUGGGCGGUCGCCGCGUCCUGAACAACCGAUUCAACAAAGGCCGCAAGCGUCUGUCGGCGUAAAAUGGCGCGCGCGUGGCCCCAUUUCCCUAACGCUUGUUCAAUACACUACAAAGAUUUCAUCAUGAACAGCACGGUGAGGCAGUUACAGUAUCAACGACCGGGCGCAUGUCGUCCAUGACGACUAGGCUGAC